AUGGCUCUACUCAUCCGACGGCAAAAAUCCAAGGCAAUUCUCUUCAUCUCUGUUCUCUUUCUCGUCGUGGUCGUCUAUGCCGUCAUACAGAAUCAGUACCAACUGAGGAAUGCUCUUUCCUACGCCACGAGACCACUAUGGGACACAAAGGAUGGCCCUACGCAAGUCAUACCACAUUUCUACGGUGAGGGUAUGAAGAUGGACGCGGAAACGUGCAAAUUGCAUGGGUGGACGGAGAGGAAGGGCAAGGACAACCUCAAAGUGUUGGAUGCGGUGCUGAUGAGCAAUGAGCUGGACCUAAUGGAAAUUCGGAUGAACGAGCUGGAUUCUGUCGUGGACUUCUUCUUGAUCAUCGAGUCGAACGCUACCUUCACCGGGUUGCCGAAGGACACAUUCUUCCUCAACAAUCGCGGGCGGUUUGCCAAAUUUGAGAAGAAGAUUGUAUACCAGUUGCGACCAGGAUUUCCUCUCCAACCUGGCCAAUCUGCUUGGGACGUGGAACGCGGCACCCGCAUUGCGAUGAGCGACCUCAUUCAGUCCCAAAUAGCGACAUUCCCGACGAACAGCCGCAAUCUCGUCAUCAUGUCAGACCUCGACGAACUCCCAUCUCAUCACACCAUUGAACUUCUCAAGACCUGCGAUUUCGGCGAGACCCUUCACCUCCAAUUGCCUAUGAGUGGUAUCUCGGUCCUCAGAGCUGGCGCGCAAGCGUUCAUAUGUGGGGCCACGGUAGCUUUUACCGCCAUUCCAAGUAUUCCGAGUACGCCCUCGCAGACUCUGGUUGGCAUUGUAGUUACUGCUUCAGGACCACUGCUGAGUAUGCCAUCAAGAUGA